AUGGAAGAACGCUGCACCAUCGAAGAAGUGACCGCCCGGAACAUCAAGGCUUUUGAAGCAAAAAUUUUCCGAGAGCUCAAGAUAUUGAAAUCUGAACUCUCGGAAAUGAAGAUAUCCUACGCUGCCCUUUCGGACAGGUGUCAGGAUAUCCAGAAGGAAAAUGCGGCCCUGCGCAUCACAGUCUCUAGCCUCCAAGAGGCUCAUGCCACCCAGCUCUCUCGAGUAGCUGCUGAACUGGAGGACAGAAGGAGAAGAAGGAAGAACAUCAUCCUCACCGGCCUCAUAGAACGAACCGCCCCAACUCCGAAACGGCGAGCUGAGAUCGACAGAAAUGACGUGUUUCAGUCUCUGACCAACAUUUGCCCUACUGUGGAAACGGACGAUCUUCGCCAUGUUUCUCGUCUUGAUGACAAGACUGAGAACCGCAACCGGGCAGUGAAGGUGACCUUAUCGUCCCCAGAGUUGGCCUCCAAGAUCCUUUGCCGUGGACGUAGACAACCAUCGCCCACAGUCAAGGUGUUGAACGAUCGGACGCCGGCACAACAACUGGAGUUGGAGACUUUGAGGAGAGAACUCGCUACUAGGCAGGCUGCUGGACAUCACUUGACGAUACGCUAUACGGCAGCAGCGACAAUAAACAUCUCCUUCCUCUACACAAACAUCGCUACCUUGAUGACAAAAUUCGACCAACUGGAGAUAGAAGUCACUCAAAAGAAACCUACUAUCGUUGUCAUCACCGAGACCUGGCUUCGAGACGACAUCCCUGAUACUCUGGUGAACAUCCCAGGCGUCAAGAAGGGUGGCGGUGUCAUGUUCUACGUUCUGAACAACCUGGACGGUGCCAACAUUUCUGCAACACCUCUGGUGCACUUACAGGAACCACGGCUGGAGGCACUUUGGCUCAAGAUCACCAUCCGGGACUUAACCUUCGUGGUGGCAGGCAUCUACAGGCCUCCCACGAAGACAUACAGUGUCACACCAACCGACACUCUCCUGUUUGAAGUGCUUCGACGGGUCGGAGGAACCAAGACCCCUACCUUCAUCUUCGGGGAUUUCAACUUUCCUGACACCACCUGGGAACAUGGCCUACCACAGAGUCCACGCGAAGUAGAUAAAGCUUUUAUCGAAGCGCUGUUGGACUCGAACCUGGAGCAACUGAUCCGUGAACCCACACGGCACAGGGGCGUCCAGACUCCGUCCAUCCUCGACUUCGUGCUUACCAACGAGCCCCAGCUUCUCUCGUCUCCCAAGCUCCACCCUGCCAUCGGAGGCAGCGAUCACCAGGACCGGAUCCCCUUCUUCAAACUGGACUAUUCCACCAUCUCAGCCAGGAUACCGGAUCGACUUCCACCUCCAAUGGAAGAUCUGAUCCAGACCUACGAUGACUUCACUGAGUCUCUGACCUCUCUUCUCCGUGAAGCUGCACCUCCAUCUCGGAGGGUGUGCAGGAAACGGCCUCUGAAACCUUGGGUCACAAACGAUAUUCUGUCAAAUAUCACGAAGAAGAAACGUCUCUGGGAGGUGUAUAAACGGACCAAAACCCCAGCUGCUUACCAGAACUACAGGGCACAUUCCAACAGUCUUUCGAACAUCAUCAGGCUUGCCAGGAAGCAGUAUGAGACCGAGAUUGCAGCGAAGGGUGGCAAACUCCUCUAUGCAUACUUGAGCCGAGCAUCCACCUCUCAUAGUCCAGUCCCUAACGCCAUGAAGAAGGGUGAUCUGGAGAUCACUAAUCCCUCAGACAUCGCUGAACUCUUUGCCGACACCUUCGCCGAGGUUUAUACAACCGAACCUUCCGGCCCGCUACCUUCCCUUGGCUACCCUCCUCAGGAUGACCAUCUUUCCGACAUCGAUUUCUCCGUCAGAGACGUCGAGGAAGUCCUUCGCUCCUUUGACAGCUCUGCCUGCAGUGGCCCAGACGGCAUUCCAUCUGUCGUUCUUAAGAACUGUGCGGAAACCCUCGCACCUUUUCUUCACACACUCUUCAGGCAGUCUCUGGACAAAGGUACCAUCCCGGAAAACUGGAGGAGGGCCACGAUCACUCCGAUCUUCAAGAAAGGUAGCAGGCACUUGGCGAGUAAUUACAGGCCUAUUAGCCUCACCAGCGCCACCUGUAAAGUCCUGGAGCGCCUGCUUGCAAAGGAAAUCUUAGAGUUUGCGUUGCAGAAGGGAAUCAUUCCCCCCCAACAACACGGUUUUGUACCUGGGCGCUCAAUCAGCUCCAACAUGCUUCUUUGUCUGGACGAUUGGGCCAAAGCGGUGGACUCUGGGAUUCCUGUGGACAUUGUCUACCUCGAUUUCUCGAAGGCUUUUGACAAGGUUCCACAACGACGGCUGCUCCAGAAGCUACACCAUCUGGAAAUCAGGGGCAAACUUCUUGCCUGGAUCGAGGCCUACAUGCGUCGGCUCCGAGUGGGGUUCCCCGGGGCUCUGUUCUUGGUCCCCUGCUUUUUAACCUUUACUCAUCCGACUUGCACGUGCGAACAACAUCCCAGCACCAGGCAUACGCGGAUGAAGAUUUAUGGGAACCCACUGACCCACGGUGACUCCAUCCAGCAGGACCUUGACAACCUGGCUCUGUGGUCCCACGAUUGGAUGAUCCCGCUCAACCCGGGGAAGUGCACUGUCCUACACCUAGGGAUGAAGAAAAACCCACACAGGGUAUACCAUCUUGGAAACCUGGCGCUGGCUCCUGUUACCUCUCAGGUAGAUCUAGGCAUCAUCGUGUCUGAUGAUCUUAAAUGGGACCUACAAACCACCGCCGUAGUAAAGAAAACUAACUCCUUCCUCUAUCGUGUCCGCAAAGCCGUUGUGGAGGUGGACAUCCCGCUCCUACGGAAUGUACUGACCACCUAUGUACUUCCGAUGGUCGAGUACGGGUCCACUGUCUUGGCUACGUACCUCCAGAAGGACAUCAAGGCUCUGGAGGGUAUCCUGAGACGCGCUUUGAUGAUACCCAGAACACUGAAGUCCUUGCCAUACGAGGAGCGCCUGAGACGGCUUGGGCUGCAAAGCCUGGCAGACAGGCGCCUUUUUGCUGACCUCACGGAGACCUAUCGUAUCCUCCAUGGUAUGUACCGUGCCUCCGACCUGCAGAGGAUCUUCCUCAGGUCGACGUCGCAACGGGGUCACAAUCUGAGGUUGAACGUGUCGCGUUUCAAAACGCAACACCUAGAGUACCAUCUGGGCAACAGGGUUAUCUCCACAUGGAAUUCUCUUCCGGCGAGCAUAGCCCAGGCCCCGAGCAUCGAUGUCUUCAAGGCGUCUUUGCACCGUCACCUGUUUGGAUCUACGAGAUGA